UUCUUGACUUAUUAGACAUGAACUCGGUGUAAACUAUACUGAUAAAGACUAAACUAUUGUAAAAGCAAAAAUAUAAUCACCAAGAUAUAGGGUUGACUUCAAUAAUUAUUUUAUUUUUCUUGAAUUGACCAUUGAGCUUAUAAAAAGCUACAUUUUCGAUCAGUAGUACGUAGUUUUGUGUGGUAUAAGUUUAGGUUUAGUCUGACUUAUCCGGUAAAUUUCAAAAUAAUAAUUAAUGAUAUCAUAAUGUAAAUACAUUUGUUUAAUAUGGAUGUGAGUGAAUUAAAUAAGGAUCAUUUAUCUUCAGCUGUCUACUUUAUGUAAGCAAGCUGUUAAAAAAAAAAAUCCAACAAAGUUACACAGAAAAAUAUUUAUUUCAACAAAUACACUGCUCUUGGAUUUUUAAAAAAUUUAUCUUAAAUAUAACCUAAAAGUUUUCGAAUCUUAUUCAUCGUAUAUUGAUACAUUUCAUAUUGAAAGUUUUAAUGAUGUGGAAAUAAAAAGUUCAUGAUUAAAUAAGAAUUGUAAGAAAUCGUAUAAAUUGUUACUUUUAUUGAAUACAAAUAUAAAUUUGUCAUCAACAAUAACUUCUGACUGAUGUGAGAAUAUUUUGAAAAUAUGGCAUCUAUUAUAAAAAAUCAGUUGUUGAAACAUCUGUCAAGAUUUACCAAAAAUUUAUCAGUGGAUCAAAUUAAUUUGAGCACUUUAAGAGGAGAAGGAGAAUUGUUGAACUUAGAAUUAGAUGAAGCUGUUCUUACUAAUUUACUUGAACUACCUUCUUGGUUGAAGCUAACUAAUGCUUGGUGUAACAAAGUUAUUCUACGAAUACAAUGGACUAAACUCAAAAGUGUUCCUAUAUUUUUGCACUUAGAUGAAGUUCAAAUUGAAUUAGUAACUUGUGAUGAUCUACGAAAUUUAUCAUCACCAACUAAUAGUACUGCAGCAAUUUCUGGAGCUAGCAAAUAUUCAUUUAUGCACAAAGUUAUUGAUGGUAUUACAGUUGCUGUUAACACGAUUUCGAUAACGUUCAAAAGUCCAGCUUUCGUUUCAAACAUUCAGAUAUCUAGAAUUAUGGUCGAGUCUAAAUCACCAACCUGGCAGCGAUGUGAUUUAAGAAUGACACGCGUUAAAGAUUCUGACAAAGGACAAUUAUUAAUAUUCAAGGAACUCGAAUGGCAAACAGUUAGAAUUGAGGCUCGAAGUACUAAAGAUCAUGAUUUGACUCCGUUACGUUUAUUGACAAACCAAGCACGUUGUCGUAUAACUAUUAAAAAGCGUCUUUCUGAUUGUUUUGUCAUGGGAUCAAGAUUAGUUUUAAUUCUUGAUGAUCUUUUGUGGGUAUUAACUGAUUCCCAAUUAAAAGCUGCUUUACAUUUUAUUGAUUCACUAGCUAAUCUCAUUGAAAAAGCAACAACAUUAGAACGGAAGAUUAAAUCUGCAAGAAAACUUGAGGUUCUACCUGAGUAUCAAGAACAAAUAUUACAACAAUCAAAAUCAAAGCCUGUCUGUAAUUCAGCAAUAUCUAAAAUUUUCAUGCGCUAUGAUGUUAUAGAAACAUCAUAUCAUUUUCUAGCACAACGAAUUGAUUUACAUUUGUGCGAUGAUCCCGGUAGUGGGAGAUCUUCACAUCCAGAACUAAAAAAUGGUGGCGCAUUACAGAUCUCACUAGUUAAAUUCCAAGUUGAUUAUUAUCCAUAUCAUCUGGCAACAGCAAACAGAAAACAUUGGGCGAAAUAUCGUGAAAAUACAAUACCACACGUCCAAUGGCUCCAGCAAUCUUUCAACGCAUUUCGUCGGCAAUUUUUAGAGUUAAUUGACAUUGGACAAAAACAGUCAACUAAAAAAAAUGGAAAUCAAGAGAUGGAAUCGGAUGAUGAUAGAGAGACAGCUGCUGAAACACAUUCAUUUUUAGAUAACGAAAGACGAAGAUUAUCAAGUAAAACAAUUAAUAGUAAUUAUAACUUAAUAAAGAAUUAUAUAUCGGAGCAACUAUCAAAAUUGAUGACAGUGUGUAUCAUUAUAAGGAUCUAUGAUUUUACAAUUUAUAAAGUAACAACACCCACAAAAACUCCAGCAACUAAGGAAUUUAUAACAGGUGAUAGAGAGAAAUUUUUACUGCCUGAAGAUGUAACUAUUUUACAUGCUGAGUUCACUCAUUAUUAUUAUCCUGGUGACAUGGUAUUUCCUUUACCACCACCAAAAUUUUAUGUGCAAUUGAAUCCAAUACAGAUUAAUUAUGAUAUGUACAGUUGUUUGUGGUUUAACUCAUUUUUAUUACAUUUAUAUCAAUCGUUGACGUCUAAUCAAAAUAAAGUUGAUACUGCCAUGAAUGUAUAUUUUGAUGUAAAGGUAGAAGCUAUUUUACCCAGGAUAAUUAUUGAAUCACAACAUGAAUAUCCUAAUCAACGCGAUCGUCCUAAAUCACUCCAUUUACAAACGUCAAGAGUCACUUUAACCAAUGUUCGUUCUAUUGACGACAAAUCAUCUCGUGCUAAUUUAGCUGAUUGUCUGAAUGCAUUUAGAAUGGGGCAAAUGUUUUUUUCGACUGAUUUUCCAUACAAAAAGAAUGACCAUCAAGUCAUUACUGAUAAAUUUUUAGGCCACUGUGCAGGCACUGAUGUUAAAUCUUCACUCAUCGAUUUUUCAGUAUCAUCAGUAGACGACAUUGUUGGCAAGUUACAUAAAAAAUUAUUAUGGAUCGAGUGCAAAGAUGUAUGGUGUCUUAAUCUCGAGCCAGUAUGGGCAGAUUUUUAUGGUGUUCGUGCAGUAGGAAUGAAUCGACCUGUACCUUUAGUGGAUGCAUUUCCCCUGAUGAUAUGGCUACACAUCAACGACAAUAGUCCAGCUACUGAUAAUUGUGGUACGAAAAUCCAAAAUAAUUCUGGAAAUGGUAAUAUUCACGUCCUAGCACACAUAAAUAAUUUAAUUAGUGUUCAAUUAAAUCAUUAUCAGUACUUAUUUUUGUUACGGCAGUUAGAUAUUGUUACUGAAAUGAAUACUUAUCUUGUGUUAGAUACCAAUAAUAUUCUCAAAGUUAGUGCAAGUGAUUCCUUUAUUUUUGGUGCUUUAAUACCGCAAUUAGAAAUAACAUUCAUCAUGCCAUCUCAGAAUCCUGGGAAAGAGAAUUCGGGCGGUGAUUUAGAGUCGGUAAUUCCUGACUCAUCAAGUGCUGCUGAAGAAAUUCUAGCAAUGUCUUUAAAUCAAACAGCAGCGUCAAACGCAUCAAGAUUGGAAUUCGGAUUGAAACGUUUUAAUACAAGCAAUGAUGUAGAAACACCAUUAAGUGAAGUUUCAUCUAUGAUUGGUAUGGAUUCACACCCUACAGUGACCUUCAAACAAACGGAUAAAAAUAGUAUCAAAAAUGUGGGUCAGCUGAUGACACAGCAAUCCCAUACCCUUGAUGAUUCAGAAACCCAAAAAUUUUGUAAAUAUCCAAAAGAUCAACAACAAGCAGCAUUUAUCCAAAACAAUUUCAACGUAGGGUUUUCUAAUAUGAAGAAAAGCUUUGCUAAUCUUAUGACUUCCAUUGAUUCUGCUUUGAAAGCAUCUCCAGAAGACGGUAGCAGUGAUACCGUAUCAAUACAAAGCGAACUGAGCUCUGACAGUGAAAAUUAUAUCGUCGUAACAUUAGAAGAACAAGAAAAAUCGGAUUCAUUAUUUGGCAAUUUGAAUGUAGGUAGUAUUACAGCAGUAGAAGAAGCCAGUGAAGUAAUUGAAGAGACACCUGAUACCCAGAGCGAAAAAUCCUUAGAUAGUGCUUGUAAAAGGAAGGAUUUAGUGUCCAUGAUGACACUAAAAUUAUCCAAGAUUGAGUUGGUACAUCAAUCAAAGGGCUUUGCGUCAACAAUAAAAUUACAAGUAGCUAAGAUAUUAAAUGAUGAAUGUACUUCCAUUCCAUGGGAUGAACUCCAGACAAAAUUUAGUUCUAGAUCUCGAGGUUGGAUGGAAUCACAAUGUGAUGACUGUAAAAUAUCUGUAAAAUUACGUUUAGAACAUGACUUAAAAUCUCAAUAUAGUAACUCUAUAGAUAAUUUAAAAAUUGAAAAUGCUAAAAUAUCAAACUUUUUUGAGGAUAGAUUAAUCGGUGAUAUUAAUGAUAUCAACUUAGUAUUGUCAAUGAGUACAAUCAAUGGUUUGAUGGAUUUGUUAGAAGAUGAAAUAUUACCAGAUUAUUUACCUGUAAGUUUAUCUUUAAAUAAUAUUUGUAUACAUUUGAAUGAGGAUCGUCCUUCAAAUAAUAUUACAUCACCUGGGCCAAUACCAAUUAAUUUAAAUAUCCAAGAACUGAAACUAAAUCGUGAUAAGAAUGGAAUAAUAAACAUUGAAUCCCUGAAGAAUAAUAUUGUAAGUAAUACAACACCAAAUACAUCAGUAGAAUCGGAAAUAAAACAAUUAAAGCAACUUAACAAACAAUUGAAGAAAGAUAAUGAUGAAUUAAAACGACGUUUAUUAGCACUGGAUUACUUAUCGAAGGAAAACUCACGGUUAAUACGCAAUAAAGAUGAAUUAGAAUUAAUUAAAUCACAAUUGAAUGAAGCUCAGGAUAUAAUAGCAGCUUUAGUAAAAGAGAGAGAUAUGUUACAGGAGAAUAAUUUAUUGUUACAAAGCCAAUGUAAAAAAUCUAAUGAAUCAACCAAUGCUGGAAGAACUACCUGGUCGAUUAAGAGAUAGCACAGUAGUUGUUUCAAUUGCUCUAAAUGUUGUAGUAGUAUUAAUAAAUCAUAAUUAUAUGGUUUAAAGUAUUUAUAUUUAUAAAAAUCAUUAUUAGUUGGGGAAAUAUUUUUAUUAUACCAAUAGAAAA